GGGAGCCCGUGUGCCUGCAGCCUCCGGGAAGCCAGAGCCGCUCCUGCAGCCUGCACAGCCUGAAGCCGUGGGAUGCAGCGGAGUUUGGGGAGGCCUUAAUGCCUCGGCGUCCACCCGGGACCGCCAGGGCCGCCAGUUCUCUCGGCAAACUUGUGGCAGCCAAACCUACCAUGCUUCACAUCCCCGUUGUCCUGGGUUACCGCCCAAGAUUGGCUUGUGCAAGUGAUGAAAUGUGGUCUGAGGGACGAUAUGACUACGAACGACUUCCAAGAGAGCGAUUUCCUCCUCGGACUCACCCCAGUGAUGGCUACCAUAGACUAGUUAAUAUUGUGCCAAAGAGACCACCACUGCUAGAAAAGAGGCCACCACUGCUAGAAAAGAGGCCACCACUGCUAGAAAGACCUGAUGAAGGAAGCUACAGUAGAUAUUACAGUCAUGUUGAUUACCGAGACUAUGGCGAGGGCCGCAGUUUUUCUCAUGAUCGAAGAAGUGGUCCAUCUCACAGAGGAGAUGAAUCUGGCUAUAGAUGGACAAGAGAUGAUCAUUCUGCAAGCCGACAGCCUGUGUAUAGGGACAUGAGAGAUGGCUUUAGAAGAAAAGGCUUCUACUCGUCCCAUUAUUCGAGAGAACGGUCUCCCCAUAAAAGGGAUGCUCCUUUUUUCAGAGAAUCACCUGUAGGCCGGAAGGACUCCCCACACAGCAGAUCUGGCUCCAGUGUCAGCAGUCGAAGCUAUUCUCCAGAACGCAAGACCUACUCCUUCCAUCAGUCUCUGCACAGAAAGCCCUCGUGUGUCGGUGCUUCCUACAAACGACAGAAUGAAAGAAAUCCAGACAGAGGUAAAGAGAGGCCCGUCCAGUCUUUGAAAACAUCAAGAGAUACUUCACCUUCAAGUUCUUCAGCAAUUUCUGCAUCCAAGGCGUUAGACAAACCAAGUAGGCUAACUGAAAAGGAACUUGCUGAGGCUGCAAGCAAGUGGGCUGAAGUCUCUGAGUUUGAGACUGGAGCCACAGCACCUUCAUUUAUUGAUCAGACAGAAGAACCUGAGUCAAACACAGCAGAUGGCCCAGAAUUGUUUGAAGACAGUCAGCUGGACAGUCGCUCUAAAGCAAUAGCAUCAAAAACCAAAGAGAUCGAACAGGUUUACCGACAAGACUGUGAAACUUUCGGGAUGGUGGUGAAAAUGCUGAUUGAGAAAGAUCCUUCCUUAGAAAAAUCUAUACAGUUUGCGCUGAGGCAGAACUUGCAUGAAAUAGGUGAGCGGUGUGUUGAAGAACUCGAGCAUUUCAUUGCGGAGUAUGAUAGUUCUACUCAAGAUUUUGGAGAGCCUUUUUAGAAGAGUUAGUGCCCAAGCCAACAAAAUAAAAAUGUUUCUAGAUUUUAUGCCCAUUGGAUUAUGUAAAUCCUUACUAUUUUGUGAUGAAGAGAAGAAAUACUUUAUGAUAGCUGACUACAUUUCCAGUGUCAAAUAGAUGUCUAAAACAGUCUUUAAAAUAUAUUAAUUCACAUUUUUUUCCUACAUAUAGAAUCUUCUGGCCCAUACUCACACACCCUCCAAAAAAUAGUGGUCAGUUAAUUUUUUAGGGUUUGAAAGAGCAGUUUUGGGGAGCUUUCUGAACUCAGCUGUGUUCUGUGGUCUUCCAUAGUGUGUGAUCAUCUGGUCAUGUGAGUGUAAUGUGGUUAGAGAGCAUCCACCUAACAUGAGAAGUCUGAUCUCACAGAGAACGAUAUCAUUUGAAAAUGGUUUCCAAUUUCGAUUUAAUUGGCUUGCUGCUUGCUUUAUUUCCAUUUGUAACUGUUAAUGUCAGAGUGUACUGCCUUCAUGAUUUAGAACUUCGGUAUAUUAGAGAAUAAUUCUUACUCAGUUAUUUAAAAAAGCACUUAAACUCUCUAAAGGGCAUGUUAGGGUAAGAUCUUCCCACACAGUGAGUGAGCUCGGUGCACUCUUCUGCUAAAGUGUGCCUCAGCCUCUGGCUGCCGUCUCCGUGUGCAGGUCUAGGCAGUGGCGUAGAUCCGAGCAGUAGAAGGGUCAUCUGAGAUGAGCACGUGGGACAUUUUCAAUCUGAGCAUAGAGGAAAAAACGCAAUACACGAAAGCAUUGGAGUGUUGUUUUUCAGUAGGCCCCACUCCAUUAACAAAAGAGAGCUGGUGACAUGUCCAUGGCAAGCCAUUUACAUGGUGUUCUGUUCACUUCUGUAAUCUGAGCUCUUUGUUAUGUGGACUUUUAGAGAAUCUCAGCUUCUCAUAAGUUCUAUCUAGAAAGAAGCAAAGCAGAAAUGCAGGAGGCCAGCGUUCCGCAGCCACAGCAAGCCAGUCACAAGGGCCCCUGGGCGGCCUACUCACUUCAGGCUUCUUCCAUUGGCACAGUGACAUGAACUCAAACACAUCAUCUGGGCAUUAGUUCCCUUAAGAAUCAUGGUUUCCAUUACUGCACCAUCUCAUUAGCCCCCAUCCUCGCUGGUUUGUUUGGGUUUGUUUUUGUUUUGUUCUUGCUUUUGGUAUUCUUUGUUUAAUAAGACAGGGUCUUUCAGUGUAGACCAGGUGGGCCUGGAACUCAUAAAGCUCCCCUGCCUCUGCCUUCCCAGUUAAAGGGAUGUGAAAGGUGUGUGCCACCACUCCUAGCAUGCUUUUUUCACUUCCAUUCACUUUUGUCUUUUUUUACUAUUUAGUUUUUUUUUGAGACAGAGCCUUACUAUGUAGCCCAGACUGGCCUCAAGCUUUCCAUAUAGCCUGGCCCAUACUGGCCUUUAACCCAUGAGUCUCCUGCCUCAGCUUCCUGAGGGUUAGGAGUACAAGUGUGAGCCACCAUGCCUGUCAUUACUUUUCAUGGUGUCUGUCUGCACUAUCUGCAGUGGUAACCCAAAGGAUAUACAGAUGAUAUUAAAAGUAGAAAUAGCAGUAUAAAUGAUUUUAAUGAUUCAUCUAAUGAAUAUGGGAAAAUAUGUAUUAUGCCAUUCUGCAAAUUAAAAACUUAAUUGAGGACAUUUUUUUUUAAGUUUCCUAAGAGAGAAUAUGAAUUUUUUAUUCUUGGCAUUGAGAGUCUAUACAUAUAUUCUAAGACAUGCUCUUCCUUAAUGUAGACAGUGAUUUAAUUGCCAGUCACUUUAGAAAGCCUGAAGAAGGUACUGAUGCUAUUUUUCCUUCCACUAUUUUUCUUUUCUUAAACAUUUUAAUCCCAGAAUUCAGUUUAAUCAAGAUGUUAACAAGUUUACAUGUAAUAUUUCAGAAAUUACCAGAGGUAUAUUCAUUUGGUAGAAAUCCAUUAAAAAGAGAAUCUUACUGAUAGAUGCAUUUAGAUGUAGGUUCAACAGAUGAUCUCUUCCUCGUCCCUCAGGUUACAGUCCGCACUUAAAGCUGUUGAUAUGCCAUCAGCAUUAUUCUGCUAGGCUUGUCAGUGUUAAGUGUUCACUUGGUUUUUGCUUUAUAAAAUGCCUUUUAAAGUUUCAUUUUAGGGCAGAUAAAUUCAGAUGUGUACUAGACUUUGUAUUUUGUAAAAUGACCUUGAUUAAAGAGCCAUCUUUGUAAAUGACCCAUUCUUUUUAGUACACCUAAUUGGUGUGAUAACAUUUUCAUUGUCUUACCAUAAAGCCUUGAUGAUCAAUGUGGGGAAACAUACUGUAAGCUUUUGUGAACUUUAGGAAUUCAAAAUAAAGCAAACAAGAUUAAAUAAUUA